CUCUCUUUUUAUCCCUCGCCUGGGCAGUGCGCAGUCAUGUCUCAUCGUAAAUUCCACGCACCACGCCAUGGACACAUGGGGUUCCUGCCCCACAAACGUAGCAAGAAACAUAGGGGCAAGGUUCGUUCCUGGCCCAAAGAUGACCCCAGCCAACCUGUCCACCUCACCGCCUUUUUGGGAUACAAGGCCGGCAUGACUCACACCCUCAGGGAGGUGCACCGUACAGGCCUCAAGCAAGCAAAGCGAGAGGAGGUAGAAGCGGUCACCAUCAUUGACACUCCACCGGUCAUUGUGGUUGGGGUUGUAGGAUACGUUAACACAAUCCGUGGCCUUCGUUCUCUCAAGACCAUCUUUGCUGAACAUAUCAGUGAUGAGUGCAAGCGCAGAUUUUACAAAAACUGGUAUAAAAGUAAGAAGAAGGCCUUCACUAAGUACACUAAGAAGUGGCAGGAUGAGACAGGAAAGAAACAGCUCGACAAGGAUUUUGCUGCGAUGAAGAAAUAUUGUUCAGUCAUCAGAGUUAUUGUUCACUCCCAGAUGCGAUUGCUCCCAAUAAAGCAGAAAAAGGCCCAUAUUGCGGAGGUGCAGCUAAAUGGAGGAACCAUCUCAGACAAGGUCGACUGGGCAAAAGAGCGUCUGGAGAAAGCUGUGCCCGUCUCUGCUGUCUUCUACCAGGACGAGAUGAUUGACAUCAUCGGUGUCACAAAGGGCCAUGGGUUUAAAGGUGUGACAAGCCGGUGGCACACGAAGAAGCUCCCCAGGAAGACUCACAAGGGUCUGAGGAAGGUGGCCUGUAUUGGAGCUUGGCAUCCGUCUCGUGUGGGCUUCACUAUAGCUCGUGCUGGUCAGAAGGGUUAUCACCACCGUACUGAGAUCAACAAGAAGAUCUACCGUAUUGGUAAGGGUGUCCACAUCCAAGAUGGAAAAGUGAUCCGAAACAACGCCUCCACUAAUUAUGACGUCAGCCAGAAGACCAUUAGUCCCUUGGGAGGGUUCCCUCGCUAUGGUGAAGUAAAUAAUGACUUUGUCAUGGUGAAAGGAUGUGUGGUUGGAGCUAAGAAACGUGUCCUCACCCUGAGGAAGUCUCUGCUCGUUCAAACAUCUCGCAAGUCCAAGGAACAGAUUGAGCUCAAGUUCAUUGACACCACUUCUAAAUUUGGUCACGGUUGCUUCCAGACUGCCCAGGAGAAGAGGGCAUUCUUGGUGAGUGUGCACACUCCAGAUCUGGAAAUUAAAAGAUAUUUGAAGUAUGGAUUUAACUGCAAGCGAUGCUGUUUUUUCCUCUCUUUCUUGUGUUCAUUUUUGGUGCACUGCUGUAACCUUUGACUUCUUGUUUAUCUGCAGGGGCCACAGAAGAAGGAUGUCCAAAAGAUACUUCCAGAGCCUCUCCCAGAGGAGGCCUGAAAACACCCUCACACAAUAUAUAGUUGUUUUUAAAUACAUUGUGUAUUCAUUACAUUAAUAAUUUGGUAAUAUGCAAAAGCAAUACCUUAACUCUAAAUUACCUCAAUAAGUGACAUCAAGAGAUGUUCAAUCAUUAAAAAGAGAAAAACACAUGUUCAUUGUGUUUUAUUGUCCUCUGAUAAAUCCACAAGGGAAUUUACAUUGUUCAGAGAUCACAUGCACUGAGUUAACUUGAUUUUACAAGAUUAGCUGUCACAUUUGAUUAUUUUCCAGAUGCUACAAAUUUGCAAAGAGGUCAAGAAAUGGAUGGAGAGAUGGAUAGUUUAUUCUGACAUAAAAAACAAAACAAAAAACAAAACACUGAUCAUCUUCUUUUCUCUUGUGCUGUGAAGAUGUCCAGGUUUUAAUCAUGCACCUUCGUCAG